GAAAAUCACAAAUAUCAAAUAUCAAACGGGACACUGCCAUAACCUAAAAAAAAAAAUGAAAAAGGAGAAACAACAUUUUUUGUACGGUGUACGGACAUCUUGAGAUUCAAAAGUGCAAUUUAAAUAAGUUUUUUGGUUUUGCUUCUGGGUCCUCUGGGCUUGGUUCCAGUGGGAAUUGAAUGAAGUUUUCUUGUGAAUGCAGUUCUCUCUUGGAAGACUCUUCGCAUUCGAUCUGGUAAGCUUCCAAUUAAUGUAGUAGUCGUAAUAAAUAAUAGUGAAACUGUAGAACAAACACUGUAACUGUAUCGUGUUUUCUGAGACGUCAUAAUGCUGAUGCUUUUGGGAUAUGGGCGUUUGAGAUAAUGUGUUGGGUGUGAAAAAGGGUGUUUUUGGUUUUGUAGGGAAUGGUUUGAUUUGUGUGGAAAGGGAAGGAGAGGAAAGAAAGUUUGAAGGAAAAAAAAUUCAUGUAUGGUGUUGACUAAUUGGGUAUUUGGCUUUAUCGAUCACAGGUUGUGUCGAUGAUGUUUAAGAAAUGAAGGAGCUUGAUAUUGUGGGUCUCUCCCUAAUCUGAUUGAGGUUGAUUGUGACUUUGUGAGAACCAAAGAUUUCAACGUCUUGGAAGAAAAUAAAAGAAGCUAGGAAUCCAGUCACUUUUCACGGGAUAUCCGGCGCUGUUGACUAGUUUUUUCUUCGCCUGCUCUGUUUUUAAAUUUUUUCUUCCUAUAAAUAUACAAUCUUUUAUAGGAUUCUUCUGCUUCUUUCGCUCUAUUUCUCUUUUGGGGGUUUUUUUUCGUCAAUCUCUGUUGUUCAGUCGCAGCUGAGUUUUGAUCGCACAGAUAUGGGAGUAAAGGUUGCGUCUUGUUUUAAACUACCCUCUGCAUUUUCCUCCUCCUCCUCCUCCUCUUCUUCUUCUUCUUCUUCAUCUUCUUCUUCUUUAUUUACAGCACAUCAUCGCGAUCAUCAUCAUAAUAAUGGAAAAAAGAACCAAUUAUUUGUUCUUCCAUUGGCUUACCGUUCAAAUCUUUUUGGUUCUUGUUCGUCAUCAAUCGUUCUGAGGUUUCCAUCCUCCCAUAAUAUGAUGUCAAGAAGCUGCAAAGUCAGGCGAUCUUGCAGUGCAAGUCUGAACGAGUUCUCCGACGGUGAGUUGUCCAAACAGAUUGAAGAAUUGGUACAGAGAUUCGACGAUGGUACUGAAUGUAACAACCCCAAUUGGACAAUACCUGAAACCUUCCGAUUCGGAGGAGAUGAAAAUAUCGCCAACGUGGCAUUCCGUAACUCCUUUUCUUCAUCGCCGGCGGACUGGCCGGAGAGAGACGAGGUUGCGCCGGGGAGUAUAGAGCGGAAGGCGAGCAGGGUUGAUAUCCCUCUGUCCAUUCGGAUCAUAAAGAAAAAGCAAAAAUUGCGAGAGGGUUUUAGGGAAGCAGGGGACUUCAGUUACUGUUCUGUGAAAAAGGCUUUCUCCUCGCUUGUGUUCAUCAUUCGAGAGCUUCAGAGCUAUGCGUUACAGAUGCGGGAGACUCUGUUGUAUGAAGAUUUGCAGGAAAUUCUAACAGGGGUUCAGAGAGACGUGAACGCAUCCUUUGUUUGGUUGUUCCAGAAAGUGUUUGCAGGGACACCGACCCUCAUGGUUUAUGUGAUGAUCCUUUUGGCCAAUUUCACAGUUUACUCAAUGGACAAUAAUCAUACUGCCAUUGCAGCUUCUUCUCCCCCAAGACUCUGCUUACCUGUCAAAAACCAACAGCAAUCAAAGCUUGAAUCUUUUUCUGCAGUAAACACUCUUGUAGUCAAUUCUUCUGGCGGAGUUUUGAGGAAAACCUUAAUUGGAGGCAACAAUGGAGGGGAUCAAAACCCCAGUUCUGUUCCUGAUGAUCUGAGAACUCAUGUUUCUUAUGAAUUGGGUAGAGAAGAAGAGGUGAGGCUGUGGGACUCAAUGGUGGAGGAAGCUUCAAGGAUGCAGGUGGAGUGGAGGGGUGAGGCUCUUGAUCACGAGACGGUUCAACAAUUCGUGUCGCCGGUGAGCGUGGAGCUCGAACCAGAUAAGUACCUGGAGUAUUUCAGAACAGAACUUCUGUACCAGAGGGGUUUAUCUAAGGAUCCCAACAACCCGCUGCUGCUCUCCAACUAUGCCCAGUUUCUCUUCCUGGUUGCUCAUGAUCAUGACAGGGCGGAGGAGUGCUUCAAACGGGCGGUGCAGGCAGAGCCACCGGACGCAGAGGCGCUGGUUCAGUACGCAAACUUCCUGUGGAUUGGAAGGAAGGACUUAUGGGGAGCUGAGGAGAGGUACCAGCAAGCCAUGGCAGCCGAGCCAGACAACCCGAGCCAUGUAUCCAAGUAUGCCAGUUUCUUGUGGAGCACUGGUGGCGAAGACACUUGCUUUCUUCUUGAUACUACCCAAUAAUCUCAGCAUAGUUUCGAAGUUUUAAAGUUAGUGACCUUUACAAUCUACAACAAUCCCUUUUGUGCUUUCUCA